AGCAGCAGAACCGAGCCACUGCCUACAAUCAAGGGACAACUUAUUUUCUCCCAUUCUUUAACAUCCUUUGAAGACUCCAUUCUAUAAAUAUUUUACCUAUAACAUCAAGCGCAGCUUCAGGCUCAUUGCAUCCCUUCCUAUUUCUCUUCCCUCAAUAAUCAAAAGCUUCUUCUUUCUUUCUUUUUCUGUGCGUGCACCCUUAAACCACAACAAACCAAGAUGAGUGAAGAAGAUAAAAAUGAAGCUAAGGUAGUGGAAACUCCACGCAAACCACCCCGUCUGAACGAGAGGAUUCUUUCGUCUAUGUCACGGAGAUCAGUUGCUGCACAUCCUUGGCAUGAUCUUGAGAUUGGACCUGGAGCUCCAGCAAUUUUCAACUGUGUUGUUGAGAUACCAAAAGGUAGUAAGGUCAAGUAUGAACUUGACAAGAAGACAGGAUUGAUUAAGGUUGAUCGAGUUUUAUAUUCAUCGGUGGUCUACCCUCAUAACUAUGGUUUCAUCCCUCGCACACUUUGUGAAGACAAUGAUCCCUUGGAUUGUUUGGUUAUCAUGCAGGAGCCUGUUCUUCCUGGAUGUUUUCUGCGAGCCAGAGCCCUUGGACUAAUGCCAAUGAUUGACCAGGGGGAGAAAGAUGACAAGAUCAUUGCAGUUUGUGUUGAUGAUCCUGAGUACAAGCAUUACACCGACAUCAAAGAUCUUCCCCCUCACCGCCUGACUGAGAUCCGUCGUUUCUUUGAAGACUACAAGAAAAAUGAGAACAAGGAGGUUGCAGUCGACAAAUUUUUACCAGCAACCGCUGCCGUUGAAGCUGUCCAGUAUUCAAUGGAUCUUUAUGCCGAGUACAUUAUGCAAACCCUGAGGCGAUAGGCUGAAAAAGGGCAAUCUUCCAUCAUGGGAGGAAAUGCACCACAUACUAAAUAAAACAUUUAUCGACAGCAUUUGGAUAUGAUUUGAACUCCUUUCCCUUUUUAGCUGUGGUUCUGUACGAUUAUUAUUACCCGUUGGAUAAAAAACUUUGUUGUCGGGAAGAGAUUAUAUAUGGAAUUUAUGACAUUACUAGAA